AUGCCUGCACCCACCGCUCUUCAGAGAGCUGCCCCCGAGGAAAUUGCUCAGAACUUGCACGAGACUCCCGUCGUUGCCAACAAUGAGGACGACGAAAUGCUUAUCAGCACCACCGACGCACCUGCCGUUCAGGAUGCCGCGCAACCCACAGAAGACACAGCCAUGACCGUCGACUCACAACCGCUCUUCGCUGCCGAGAAGGCAAGCAAUGCCCACGUUCGCUCCGAAUCCCGCAAAGUCGCUGUACCUCCUCACCGUUGGACUCCCUUGAAGAACGCUUGGCCCAAGGUCUACCCUCCUCUAGUCGAACACCUCAAAUUGCAGUGCAGAGUCAACACUAAGAACAAGAACGUCGAGCUCCGUACAAGCAGAUUCACCGAGGACACUGGAGCUUUGCAAAAGGGUGCAGACUUUAUUCACGCUUUCUGCUUGGGUUUCGACUUGGACGACGCCAUUGCAUUGCUGCGUUUGGAUGAUUUGUACAUUGAGACUUUUGAGAUCAAGGAUGUCAAGACACUUCAGGGAGAACAUCUCGGCAGAGCUAUUGGCAGAAUUGCUGGAAAGGACGGAAAGACUAAGCACGCUAUCGAGAACGCAAGCAAAACUCGUGUCGUGCUCGCAGACUCGAAAAUUCACAUUCUGGGUGGCUUCAAGAACAUUCACAUGGCUCGUACUGCCAUUGUUUCGCUCAUUUUGGGUAGCCCGCCAGCCAAGGUUUACGGCAACCUCAGAACUGUCGCCUCGAGAAUGAAGGAGCGCUUCUAA